AUCAGCUCUGGAUAAAACUUCAUCUGCAACUCGAAUCGUUUUCGCAAGCAGUAGCUAUGGAUGUGGUUGCUCGAAGAACCUCCUCGUCUUCCGUUUCGAUGUUGAACCCCAAUGCUCCGUUGUUCGUUCCCAUGGCGUACAGGACCGUGGAGGAUUUCUCUGACCAGUGGUGGAAUUUGAUCCAGUCCUCCCCGUGGUUUCGCGAGUACUGGCUUCAAGAACGCUUUCAAGAUCCUCAAAAUGAUUUUUCAUUUGCAGAGAAUGAAGAAAUUGUUCUUCCGGAUCUAGAAAAUAUUUUCGACGACUUAGCUCGUCAACAGGAAGAGGAAGAAUUUGAAUUCUCCAAGGAUUUGGUUCCAAUGGGGGCUUUCAAAUGGCAUAAGGCUCAGACUGGAGCCGAGGUUCCCAGGUAUGCUCAAAAGGCUCCCAAGAUCGUGAACGUGAAAGUGAGUCCGAGGACGAUUCACCAGCCGAGAUAGAUUCGUCGCGGAAUUUCCAACUGAUCGGAGUAUGUUUCUUCAACAGAACUCUGGAACCAGUUUAAAUUGUUGUUGAUCUAGGUUUUCCAUUUCGUUCAUGUAUAGAGUCUAGAACUUCAUCGGUUAAGCAUCAACUCUGAUGAUCUGUGUUUAGCUACUGUAAAUUUGUACCAAGUCUUACUUUUCAAUUAUGAUAUAAUAGAAUAGUUCCAAAAUUCUCAACCAA